AACAAACAAAACACACAAACUCAAUCUUCCUGGCAAAGACCAGGGCAAAAAAAAAAAAAAAAAAACUGUAGAAAUGCCACCAAACUCUGAUCAUCCAACUCAUUAAAAGAGGAAGGGGAGCAGAACAGAGGGUGAGAAGAAAAAGGUCUUGAAGGGAAAGAGAUCAUGAUAAAACUGAACCUGGGCCGAACCACUCGCUCCAUCUAUCUGGGUCUGGCAUGUCUGUCCCUUGCUCUCCACCUCCUUUUGGCAAUAUUUUGUCUCUCUGUCCUCCAGAAUGCCUGUGUCCUCCCCACCUCCUCUUCUUCCUCCAUACCAAGAACAGAUACUCAGCACCAUCAGCCUAUCUCCCACUCCUCCUCUUCUUCAGCUGUCUCCUCCUCACAAAAACUGGCAACAAUCCCUCAGGAAGAGCAUCACAAACUGAAUGCCAAAACCUUACACCCUAAAGAAAAACUUUUAUUCAGUGAUGCCACUGAGAGGGAAAAGAAACUAAUUGGAGCUGGACAAGUAAUUCAAAAAUUCAGGGGUCAUUCUAAGCUGGAGGCGCUGUUCAAGCACCCGCUGUACAACCCGCCACACCCAGAGCUGCAAGAAGAUGACUGGCUGCUGAGGGUGAAGAUAAAUGAACAUUCAAGGGAUACAGGAAAUGAAGAAGAGGAGGGAGAAGAGGAGAUCAGCAGUGAGAGUCAGUGGCAGAGUUCCAGUCAGGAUGAAGGCUAUGACAAAGUCACUUGGACGAGAGACGUGGAGACCCACCCUCCCUGGCUUCGCUUCCACCUGGGCAUCUCCCGCUGGGAGCUGUACAACAGGAAGGAUCCUAACCUGGUCCAGCUGACCCACUAUUUGGCAACGCAGCGUAUCCUCAGUGCUGUUCAGAAGACAGGAGGCACCCAGCUCAAGCUCGUCAUGUCGUUUCCAAACUACGGACAAGCUCUGCUGAAACCCAUGAAACAAUCCAGAGAUGCAGAGACAGACGAAAACCUCUUCUAUUUCUCCGACUUUGAACGACACAAUGCAGAGAUUGCUGCCUUUCACCUUGACAGAUUGUUGGGCUUUAACAGGGUCCCUCCAGUGGUUGGCCGACUCAUCAAUGUCACCACAGAGAUCAGAGAGAUCACCACUGACCGCAGGCUUUCCAGGACCUUCUUCACUUCCCCCGCGGGGAACGAGUGUUUCUAUGGCCAGUGUGAGUACUACUGUUCAACAGAGCAUCCAGUGUGUGGUCAGCCACAUGCACUGGAGGUUUCCCUGGCCGCCAUGCUUCCUGACCUCAGCCUAGCCCCCCGCAGGUCCUGGAGGUCACCAUGGAGACGUUCCUACAGCCGCACCAAGCUGGCACAGUGGGAGAAGGACCCGGCAUACUGUGACACAGUGAAACAGACGCCUCCUUACAACCAUGGCACCAGACUGGUGGAUCUCAUAGACAUGGCUGUACUGGACUUCCUCAUGAGCAACAUGGACAGACACCACUAUGAGACGUUUGACAAAUUUGGCAAUGAGACAUUUCUGCUGCAUUUGGACAACGGUCGAGGGUUUGGGCGUCAUUCUCGGGAUGAGCCGUCUAUACUAGCUCCUUUGCAACAAUGCUGCAGGAUCCGUCGCUCCACCCUCCUCCGCCUGCGCCUCUUGUCGCUCCCUCACUUCUGUCUGAGUGAUGUCAUGCGGGAAUCGCUGGCCCAGGAUCCUCUGGCAGGCAUGGCCCCCCUCCUCUCUGAAACACACCUCUCUGCUCUGGACAGACGCCUUGCAACUGUCCUGCAGGUGGUGCAGACCUGUCAGCAACACCACAAAGAUGUCAUUUACAAUGACUUGGAGGAAUAUGAUGAGGACAGUGACAAACAACCUGACUGAAGAAAAACAAAACCAAUAAAUUAUAAAUAGUUCUCAUA